AUGCCACGUGCAGAACCAGGAACGCCCAAAUGGUUAGCUAAUAAAAUGAAGGCUAAAGGCCUUCAAAAAUUAAAAUGGUAUUGUCAAAUGUGUGAAAAACAAUGUAGAGAUGAAAAUGGAUUUAAAUGCCAUAGAUUAUCAGAAACGCAUCAAAGACAAAUGCAAAUUUUUUGUCAAGAUGCAAAUAAAUUUAUGGAUGAAUAUUCUUCAAUGUUUGAAAAAGAAUUUAUGCGAUUAAUGAAAACAAAAUAUUGCCGAGCAAGAAUUUUAGCAAAUACUGUUUAUACAAAUAUGAUAAGUGAUAAGACACAUAUACAUAUGAAUGCAACUGUAUGGGUUACCUUAACAGAUUUUGUUUUAUAUUUAGGUAAAACUGGAAAAUGCAAAAUUGAACAAACAGAACGAGGAUGGUAUUUGGAAUAUAUAGAUAGGGAAAAAAUUGAGAGAGAAAAAGAAUUUAAUAAAAAAAAAAAAAUUGAAUAUUCUUAUGAAGAAAUGAAAGAAAAAAAAAUUAAUCAAGUUAUUGACGAAGCUAAAAAAAAGGGACAAUUUAUUCAAUCAGAAUAUACAGGUAUAGAAAAAAAAAAUGAUGAGAAAAUUAUUAUUUCAUCAGUAAAAGCAACAAGCACAAAUACUAGUAUUAAUCAUAAUAAUGAUGUUCCAAAAUCGAAUAUUUUUUUGGAUAUAUUAAAACAAAAUAAAAUAAAAAGUACAAAUGAUCAACUAAAAGCCGAAAGCAUUAAAAAGGAAGAACCGUUAUCAAAAGAUAAACCACAAAACAAAAAAAGACCAAUGUCAUCAUUAGAAUUACUUAUUAUGGAGAAUGAAGAAAAAAAAAAACUAAAAAAUUUACUUCCAAAUUUAAACAAAAAUAUCAAUGCUAAUAAUUCCAAAACAGAACAUGCACAUUCUAUAACCAAACAUAUGAAUGAAAAUCAUGAAAAAAGGAAAAAAGAUAAAAAUAGUGAAGAUUAUGAUAUAUGGAUUACUAAAAAUAUUAUUGUUAAAAUAGUUGAUAAAAAUCAUAAAUACUAUAAAAGUAAAGGAGCUAUUAUUUCAAUAUCAUCAACUGAAAAAAAUAAAUGUGAAAUAAAAAUCAAAAACACAAACAAAUAUACAUUAGCUUAUCAAAGCCAAAUACAAACAGUUAUACCACAAAUUGGACGAAUGGUAUUAAUUCUUAAAGGAAACUAUAAGGGAUUAAAGGGGAAAAUAAAAAAGAUUUCUGAGGAGGAUUAUGCUGUGGUUUCCGUUUUGCAUAAAAACUCAGAUGAAAUAAUUGCAGAGGAGCAUAUGAUAUUUGAUGACAUUAGUAAAUUUCAGGAAAAAUGA